CGCUCUUAUUUAAGCGUUCCCAUGGGCAUCACAACUUUGCCACACAGAAAUCUCAGCCACCAUUAAUCAUGGCAACCAAUCAGCCUUUGCUUGAAACUUCCAAGUCUUCCCACUCCAAGAUUCCUUAUCUGCUUCUGAUCUCCAUUGCUGCCCUUGUAAGCACAGCUUUUUUUGCUAUCCAUUCCAUCAAAACGACCUCGCUUAGUACUCCUCCAAACUUGCCACUACACAAAAUCUGUGACCAAUCGGUCGACAAAGAAUCAUGCUUGGCCAUGGUCUCGGAAGCAGCCCGCCAAUAUUCGACCGUGGCCGAUCAUCAUGAUCUGCUCAAAGCCUUCCUAGAAAAAACCACACCUCGCAUACAACAAGCUCUCAAGAUGGCAAACGAUGUCCGCCUUCGGAUCAACAAUCCGAGGGAUCGAGCUACUCUCCUUGACUGUGCAGAGCUCAUGGACAUAUCCAAAGAUAGGGUUGUGGAUUCCAUAUCAACUCUUUUCCUUCAAAAGCAAACGUCUCAUUCCCAUGAAGACGUGCAUGCAUGGCUUAGUAGCGUCUUGACGAACCACGUGACUUGUUUAGAUGCCCUAGAGGACGGUUCAUAUGCCAAGAACUUGAUGGAUUCUCAUCUAAAUGAGUUAAUAUUAAGGGCUAGAACCUCCUUGGCCAUUCUUGUUUCAGUUUUUCCGUCGAAUUCCGAAGCGAUUGAGACGUUGACCGAUGAUUUACCGACAUGGGUUACCGCGGGAGAUCGGAGGCUCUUGCAGGCUUCGGUGAAGGCUAUCAAGGCCGAUAUUGUUGUUGCAGAGGACGGAAGCGGAAAGUACAAGACCGUGAAGGAAGCUGUGGCUGCAGUACCCGACAAUAGCAAGACCAGGUUCACCAUUUAUGUGAAGAAGGGGACUUACAAGGAGAAUGUCGAGAUCGGAAAGAAGAAAAAGAAUGUGAUGCUUGUUGGGGAUGGCAUGGAUUCCACUAUCAUCACCGGUAGUCUCAAUGUUAUUGAUGGAUCGACCACUUUCAAUUCUGCAACCGUAGCUGCUGUCGGCGAUGGAUUCAUAGCCCAAGACAUAUGGUUCCAAAACACGGCGGGCCCACAAAAGCACCAAGCCGUAGCUCUCCGAGUCGGCGCCGAUCAGUCUGUCAUAAACCGGUGUCGUAUUGACGCUUACCAAGACACUCUCUACGCCCACUCCAACCGCCAAUUCUACAGAGAUUCCACCGUCACCGGCACCGUCGACUUCAUCUUCGGAAACGCCGCCGUCGUGUUCCAGAACUGCAAGCUCGUUGCCCGGAAGGGCAUGAGUGGGCAGAAAAACAUGGUCACGGCCCAAGGCCGAACCGACCCAAACCAAAACACCGGCACUUCGAUCCAGAAAUGUGAAAUCUCCGCCAGCUCAGAUCUCGAGCCCGUUAAGGCCUCGUACAAGUCGUAUUUGGGCCGUCCGUGGAAGGAGUACUCAAGAACUGUCGUCAUGCAGUCUACCAUUGGUGACCUUAUUGAUCCAGCUGGUUGGGCUGAGUGGGACAAGGAUUUUGCACUGAAGACGCUGUACUAUGGGGAAUACGCGAAUCAAGGCCCGGGUGCGGGAACUAGCAAGAGGGUGAAUUGGGCCGGUUAUCAUGUAAUUACCAGCCCAUCAGAGGCCCAAAAGUUCACAGUGGCGGAGCUCAUCCAAGGCGGUUAUUGGUUGAAGAAUUCUGGGGUGGCUUACACGGAGGGGUUGUGAAUGUAAUUUUCUGGAAAUGGCUUUGCGUGGUUUCGUGUAUUUCUUCUUUGUUUCAAUAAGCGAAAUCUUGUAUAAUAUUCCUGUUUUACCCUUUCUCUGUGUCAAAUGUUGGAAGGUCGCCAAUAUCAAGUGUUUGAUGGGUUUACUUUAUGGUCUUUAUGUGGAGAGGAGUUGGAUGAUUUCAUAUAUUAUAACUAGCCAUGACGUGUAACACCAAUGAUGAGUAAUAUUAGUACUAUGUGACUUUUAAUGCAA